CGCACUACUGCUGCAAUGAACACACGAGCUAUUAUCUUGAUGCGUUCUCACUGGACGCACGUAAAGUGCACAGCUGCGUACUGGAAAUAGCAACUAUGGUGUCCGAGCUUCUACGUAAUUGCUCGUCGCCCCUGCCUCAGCAAGAGAGUUGUCAUAGUUGAUUGACCGUUAGCCGCUCACAUACACGAUAGUCGCUCUUGCCUUCAGCGAUGAAGCCUUGCACGUUGAAGUCCAGCUGCCUUUUCUCGCUCUAUCCAGCAAUGCCACACCACUUCGACCCAGGCUUCAUUCAACAUGGCCUCCAGGGUCAAGGUUGAGCCGAGGUCCUCGCCUCCAACAUCGCCCAGGAUCAAACAAGAGCUUGAUUCAGACGGCGUCCCGGUUCCCUCGCCGACAUUCGAUCUGUACGACGACGACACAAUCAUUAUCUCCGACGACGAAGACGACGAGUUCGACGACUCCGAGGAUGCUACUGCCCACAACUUCGACGCUCAGCACUUUGUCAAGCAAGAGUUCCCCAAUCCAGUGCCGACUUUUCUACCCUUAACCGACGAGUUUCAUCAGGACCUCGUGAGUAGUUUCUCGAAUGCAAUUGGCAGCCCGAUCAGUAUUGCCAGGCCACAAGCUUGCUGCAAUAUCAGACAUGGCGAGAUUCGAUUCGUCGUUCACAGUUUACCACCCGGCAUCGAUUGGUCCGACAUCCAGGCGCAAGCACCUGAGGCUGUGACGAAUUCCAAGUUCAUGAUCGGUUCAUGGAUAACAGCAGAUGCAGACGUCAAGAUCAAUAUGGCCAGAGAUCCUCUGGCAGCGACAAAGACAGAAAACAUCUUCUCGGGGUAUAUGGUUGGCGACGAGAGCAACAUCCAAGUCUGUCUUCUCACGAUGAAAAAGCACCUUUGCAACGACUUCUUGCAAGGAAGCGACGGGGUUGCAAAGGAGUAUCAAGAUUUCGCGCACAUUUUGGCGACAGACUUACGCCUCAACCAUCAUGACAUCUCCAAGGCUCUUGGCUUCCUCGCAAAUCAUAGGAUCAGGAUGUGCGAUCUCGUUGGUAUGAUCACAAAUCUUCCGUCGACCGAAAUCACCACAAAAGCUUCGAUCGAGAGUUUGAGACGAAUACUCAGGUGCCCUGAGCUAGAAAAGAUCAUGCAUUCCUUCAACAACGUGAAAGAUCUACUCGAACUUGAGAACACCAAAUAUUACACCACCGUACAGAAACAACAACAGAGUGAGGCUCUUGUGGCGGUUUGGUUCUCGGGCACGAAGUAUCUCGCGUCUGUCAGGGCUCUGGUACCGUCAUUCUUCAUGGACAAUGGACAGCACGUUCACGUCGUUGAGAACAUUGCUGGAAAAAGAUUUUCCCUACUGUUGUCCUUCAAAGAUGAGCCCAGUGCUGAUGAAUUGUCGCGCUCCAUCGAGCUCCUACGCUGUCACCUAGAUGUGGCAACUGGCAGCCGUUCCGUUACGACAAAGCCGCAGCACUUGCCUAAUGGCCAACCUCUAUUCAGAGUGAGUGGUUCUCGAUGUCAAAACAGGUCAUCCCGGCAGAUGUCCAUCGCUCUUCGGAACGCUCUAGCGGAGAACUCGCAGGACUAUCGGGCUCCCAACAUGUCAGUAUCUGCCACCUCCAGGAUGCCGAUUAGGUGGGUUUUCGUACUCCGACAAUCCACAGAGGACUCAGUACCAUCAAAGACAUCGAUACCGAGACAGAUUUGGGCUAUGUUGAUCAGUAGUGAUUCGCCCUUUAGUGAGCUGACAAUCGGAGACGAAAUAUCGGUCGUUAUUGAGCUAUGUUCAUCGAAUAAGCACCCAAUUUGGGACAGAAAGACCUUCAGUGACCUACCGGAUGAUCUACCACUUGUUUUUCUCACAAGCAAUCCGGAUCGCAUGACGAGAAGAGUUGAUAAAGUCGACAUCGUCUUGGGAAAAGGUCGGUGGUUCACGAGAGGUGUGGGAGAUCAUCCUCGAGAUUGGGUGGAUGUGUGUCUGCAAAAAGAGGUGAUCAAGCAACAAAUCAUGAUUGGUCGGCAUACAGCAUCGGAAAUCGGCAAGUAUGGUCUCAUGAAGCAUGCGAUGAUCCGUACCAUGGCAGCAGGUCCAAAAAGCUUGCAAUUUCAAGCACUGCAAUACGUUGUUUCUGAAGCUUUCAGGUUACACAAAGUGACUGAAGCAGUCGUUGUGUGCAGAGUCUCUCCAACGCCGGGAGGUACUGCGGAGCACGAUGGCGUCAAGCCAUCCCUAGUGCGUCAGCAGAGGUUUCUCGAGGCCAUGAUACCGUCCGGAAUUUCGAUCCAUUACGUCAAGGCAAAAGAAGUGUCUGCCUACUCAGAAGACUUUCUGGACCUCUUAGAGGAUAAGCUUAUAGCAAUUUCGAGAAAAGCUCUCAUCUUGUCAACAUCUGUGGAUCGUGCUUCAAGAAGCGCAAAGACCCACGAGUUCUGCACGAAAGUUCACGAAACAGCUGGUCACAUGUUCAUGUCCUUUCUCUGGGAUGAUGGUACCAAUCUCCCAAUCAACGACGCUCUGUACGUGGCAGAAUCCCGCAUUCGUCCUGAGUUGACUGCCGCCGAUCAACAACUCGAGGAGCAAAGACGAAGCCCGCCAUCAAAGCGCAAUCGGCCGAUUGUCAAGCCUGUCAUAUGGGUUCCUUGUGCGGUUGAGCUACAGCAUGAUAUCGAACUCAAGCUUUCUGCCGCGGAGAACUACGCUCGAGCCUGUGGAACACGAUUUCAAGGAGAAUCGUCAACGCAGAUUCCUGAUGCUUUGACCAAACCAUUGACCAGAAUGUUCGACAAGGCUCAUAUCAAGCAGUGGAACGAAUUUUUGCAAGACUGCAUUGACAUCCCGAUAAAUGUCAUAUACGCAGGCAAACAUACAUGCGGAUGUGCAGAGACUGGCCAUGGUGCGGAUUGCGUAUGCUCUUGCAAGCAUUGCAUGUCAUUUCUCGCCUGCCCUUGCGUUGACCUACCGACAUGUGUCUGCCCGGAUAUUUGUACCUGCCGAUGCAUAAGCUGUCAUCGGAAGGAAAAAGUCACCAUCGACUGCAUCUUUCCCGCUUGUACUUCUCCAGCUGUUGGAUCAUACGGUGGGGAACGACUCUGUCUCGAUCAUGGAGACCUUUAUCGUAGGUUGUUGGAGAAAGACCGCCGCCGCGAGAUAUUCGAGGGAAAUGUCGUCGACACAAUCGAGUCCAUCAAAUUGAACAAAAGGAAGUUUGAGGUUAUCGACAGGGAAACGUGCUUGGCGCCUGGCUGCUUCGAAGCUGUUCUCUCAACCCGUCUCUAUGGCAGUUUUUGUUCGGAAAUUUGCAAAAAGAAAUCGGCAGGUAUCGCGACCGCUGUGGAAACCUUAUACGUGCGUAUUUGUGCUCGGAUGGGAUGUCAGAACCGUGUACCGCGAAGUUCGAACUACAACAAAUUUUGCUCGAGUGCUUGCCUGUACGACAAGGAAAAAGGCUUGCAGUCUCUACCGCCCGUACUGGCUGAUGGAAAACUGACAUACGAGCGGGAAAAAAGAAAUGUCUGCGCGCGCUCGCUUUGCAACAACGAAACGCUUGACCAGUCUCUUUGUUGCUCGAAAGUCUGCCGCCUCCAAUGGGAAAUCGAGCCUCAGAACUUCGCAAUUCCUGUUUUAUCAAUGUUGGGACCAGACGAGCCGGACUUUCGCAAGUGUCGAUUGGACGGAUGUAUCAAUCACGCACCUCUCAGAACGAUAUACGGGUCCUAUUGUUCAAGUCGAUGCAAGGCAGAAGGUGAUUCAGAUGAGGAUGCACCACCAAGGAAGCGCCCCGACUACAGGAAAUGUGACUAUCCCCCUUGUCACAGUCACUCUCCUCUCGGCGAAAAGUAUGGCAAGUACUGCUCAAAGUCAUGUAAAACUUCGGAUGAACCAAGGAAAAAAUCGAUUAUGGGUGGCAAGACGAAGCGAGUCACCAAGACCCCUGGCAAAUCUCUACCUUGCACUCGAAUUAGCUGCAAAAACACGAAAGUACAAGGUGGCACUUGGGGGCAUUAUUGCUCGGCAGAAUGCAAAAUGGCUGGAAAGAAUGGUUAGUCAGGUUCGCUCUCAGUGGAAGUAUCCACGAAACACAAAUCAUUGUGCCUUUCGACAGUGGGUUUGAGAGGGGCUUAGACGGCGAGAGCA